GGUUCCUCUUUGGAUGCAUCGGCGUUCGAAGGGAGCAUAUGCCCGAGGUUUUUUCAUAGAUUCUUCCAAAGGAGCGCCAAAUCUCUGCUAGCGCCCGGGGGCGGCCCCCGGCGUCCAGAUCGCCUCUAGGGUUUAUUGUUCCAGGUCUGCGACGAAUCGGGCGUCCUUUUGGCCACGGGACGGCGUCGUCGCUGCCCGCGCGGCCGCAUUCUCCCCUCAGGGUCCCAUGUACCAGGUGAAGAAGCUUUCAACAAGUGUAAUGCAGCAACCAAGGACCCAAGCUCCACAGACUACCAUGGCUACUACUCCCCCGCCGCCGCCACUCCCUCUUCCUCCGCCACAGGCUCCUCCGCUAGGAAGUCCCGGCGGCGGCGGUGUUGGUGGUGGAGCAAAUGGACCCAGCAGCCCCGCCUCCGCUGGUGGCGCUGGGAAUUCCGUCAAGCAGCGUCUUCGCUGGACAUCCGAGUUACAUGAUCGCUUUGUGGAAGCUGUGACGCAGCUGGGUGGUCCAGACAGGGCCACCCCGAAAGGAGUGCUGAGGAUCAUGGGAGUGCACGGGCUGACCAUUUAUCACGUCAAGAGUCACUUGCAGAAGUAUCGCCUUGCGAAAUUUAUUCCAGAUUCUUCCGGUGAUGGCGAUGGCGACAAGAAGCUGGAUGUGGUACCAUGUCUGGAUCCCUCGUCAGGCAUACAACUCACAGAGGCUUUACGAAUGCAGAUGGAAGUUCAGAAACGGCUACACGAGCAACUCGAGGUCCAACGGCAGCUGCAGCUGAGAAUCGAAGCCCAGUCCACGUACCUAGCCAAGAUCAUAGAAGAGCAGCAGAAAAUGCGGGGGAUGCUAAAAGGACAACAACCCGGCGUGCAGCAGGACGAAGGCGAGCCAACACUGACAAUCGAUGGAGUGCCAGAGCUCGGAGGAGCUAAGGAAGAUAUGGUUGUUCUGCAAAGUCAAUCCGCAGCAGAAACUGACAAAGGCGGCCAGCCGCCCGCGAAGAAACUAAAGCGCGUCGAGUCCGAAGGUCUCAAGCCAGAGGACAACGUUGGCGACGAGCCCGGUGCCAACGUCUUGUUAACUUCGGACUCUCUCCCGGACGAGGGCCCGGUUCACGGGCUACAGACAUAUCCCGAUCCCUGCGACUCAUUUCUGAAGGAGAGCUGAAGGAGGAGCGACGACACUGUGUCCGCAAAGAAAGCUCGCAGGAGAUACUGACUGGGCAACGAGAGUUCCCAAAACAACACUAAGGUGACGCUGCAACAAUGGCUUCCUGUGUACUUUUAGACGAAGACGAGGAAGGAGACGAAGCAGAAGGAAAGGUGGUGUGGCUGUGUGGCAAGCAAUACCUUUUUUGGUGAUGGCCUAUCGUUUGGUACCUCGGGAGGUACAGCAUUUCUUUUUUCUUUUUAAUUCGAAGCUUGGGCUGUGCAGCUGCUGUAGCAUUCUUUUAUUGUGUAUGAUUCCAAGGGUGUGCUGGGCUCUCCGCUUUCGUAGUCUGCUCGAUAGAGUGAUCCGUCGGCCUCGAGCAACAGUAGUGGCAGAGCAAUUGUUGGGGUCAGAAGUGGCUGCUGCGAUCAAGAUGGGAAAACAGAAAAAGAGGAGAAAAAUAUAGGGACCUGGAGGGGGAACAGGAAAGCAGGAGGAGAAUUUAAAGUGUAGGGGGUUGUGUACAGGAGGCUAGGGUCACUCGCAGGAACAGAGAAGCCGAGGACAAAAUGAAAAUCGAGGAAGCAAACGAAUAAUCGGUGUCCGUUGCCAAGCUGCAGCAGCUCUCAGAAAGAUUUCUUCGUAUCAAAUCUGCGGGGGAUUAAGACUUAAAUGCCCAAAUGUCUGGUGAUGUGGUUGCUGUCGCCAACACCAACAAGAAAAGAGAAGCGAAGAAGAAGCUCAACACCAACUUCGAGCUCCGUUAUAGAAAAUUCCACUUCCAAGGGAAGAACGAGGGAGGAAAAUCCAUAGCCUGGGUGGGAAUGUUUAUAGUCAACGGGAUCAGUGCAGUGGCCGCGUGCUAAUAAUCAGGUGGUUUUGCUCUAAGCGAGCGCCAGAAGUCGAAGAUGGCGAUUGGGAGUGUGGCUGUCGGUUGGCUUUCUCGAGCUUUUUUUUAUCCUGGCUUCUUCGCUAAACAGUGGUGAAUCUUCCAGAGGUGGGAAAAACAACGAGCAGCGUCUUGUCACGGCAUCGCGAACGACUGUGAAUGAUUGAGCGCGACACUGUUUUUGUUGCAAAGCGCCUCCGCGAACAAGACACACUGCGAGAGAGAGCCAAGCGAAACUUAACUCUAGAAAAAAGCUAAGCUUUUGGGAUCCAUCGCCGAGAAGAACACGGAUUUGGAGCGGGAUUAAUUAGUGGGGUUCGAUCGACAUUCCCAAACAAAUCCAGGCUCUAAGCCAGCCACGUACUAUCCACACUAACUUGGGAAACCAUUGUUUUCUACUUUUUGCCAUCGAAUAAUCAAAGCCACCUACAACGUGGUCCACUUCAACUCACCUUAAAA